AUGUAUUACGAGAACUUAUGUAUUCCUGCUGCAGAAGACGUCGUAAGCGCGCUAUACGGAUGGGGAUUCGGAAUGAAAAGGCAAGCGAUAUCGAGUUCGUUAAAGUACAAAGAAGUAACGCUAAGCAACAUCCCCGACGAAUUGGCGAGGCUGAGAGAUGGCAGACUGUGUGUUCAUGAGCAAAAUACACAGCUGCACAUUUAUUAUUCGGAAGGAACUGUAGAGAUGGCUUGUACGCCAUUGUGGCCGACGGCGUGCACACGAAACAGCCGAAACAGCUCUCACAGCUCUAUUGCGUUCACGGAGUUUGCCAUGGCGGAGUGGAAUGUGCUGCUGCUAUACUCGCUAACAGCGCGUAAAACGGAAGAGGUCCAGGCGCUCUGGAGACCACCCGUCCCGGAAGGCCACGUCGCUUACGAAAAGUGCAAGGAGUACCUUAGAUUCUUGCACGCGACGUGGUUCGACGUCCCGUUGGUUCCCUAUGAAGACAUUCGCCUGAACAUUUCAAUUGGUAUGGACCAUCCGAGCAUGAGGGUGCUCAUUGAAAAUCUGAAGUACAUCGAUUUUGAAGCCAAGUGUACGCUACGUUGGAUCAAUGAG